AAAAGUCAUUCGAACCGUCAAUGAACUGAAUUCGCCGCGAGUUUCCUACCUAUAAAACCACCCUCCCCGACUUUUCCUCAUCACAAUCAACCAAAAUCAAAAUCCCCCCGACACGAGAGAAGAAGAAAACCCAGAAUCCCCCGACGAAGCGAAAUCUCCCAAAAUCCCUCCUCGAUCCAGCGAGCCAUGGCCGAUUCCACCACCAACGACGCCCCGGUCGUCAACAGCCAGCCCACCACGGAGGAGGAGGUGACGGUGGAGAGGGCGGCGGCGGCGGCGGAGGAGGAGGAGGAGAGGCUGCGGUACCUCGAGUUCGUGCAGCAGGCGGCGGCGCAGGCGCUGGUGCUGGCGGCCGCGGCCUACGCGUACGCCAAGCAGGGCGCGGGGCCGCUCCGCCCCGGCGUUGACCAUGUCGAGGGCACCGUCAAGGCUGUCGUCGGGCCGGUGUAUGACCGCUUCCAUGCCGUCCCGCUUGACCUCCUCAAGUUCAUCGAUCGCAAGGUUGGUGAGUCCGUUGAGGAGAUAGACCGCCGCGUUCCUCCAGUGGUGAAGGAAGCCCCAACCCUUGCCCGCUCGGCUGCAAAGGAGGUUCGUGAGGCCGGCCUUGUGGGUACGGCCACAGGCCUUGCCAAGUCAGCCAUUGCCCGCGCGGAGCCAAAGGCCAGGGAGCUCUACACCCGCUAUGAGCCCGUGGCAGAGCGCCGUGCUGCGGAAGCCUGGGUGGCCCUGAACCGCCUUCCGCUGGUGCCUUCAGUCACCAGGGCUGUCCUCCCCACAGCCGCGCAGCUCUCAGCCAGGUACAAUUCAGCGGUGCGUGAUGGUGCCAAGCGCGGGAACACUGUGGCCACCUAUCUCCCGCUUGUGCCCACUGAGCGGCUCGCCCGGGUGUUCCCGUACCCCAUGGCUGAUGUUGCCCCAGCACCAGAGAUGCAGCCUAUCCCCUCCCAGUAGAAGAUGGAAUGGAAUGGAAUGGAAACUACAUAAUCAAUUAUAUCAAGUAUGAACUCAGAUGUGGUGUAGCAAGUAUUACUGUGUAAUGUCUUUAUGUUUCCUAUGGUGAACUGGAGCUCUCAUGCGUGGUUUAGUGUGGUGGCAUUGCUGCUUGUUACAACUUGCAAUGAGCCUACACAAGUUUAUCUUUGUUCUAUGGAUAAUGAUGUGUAAAUUAAUGGGUAUCUAUUAGAAUUAUAUAUCAAUGUUGAUGUUUCUGCUUUGUCA